CACCUCACCUCCUCUACUACUUCUACUACCACUACUCCAUCAACAUUUUGCCCUCUACAAACACUUUAGAACAACUGUCAUUCUAUCUUCUUAUCCACAUUACAACUCCAGAGUCCAGACAUCAUCAGAGCCAGCAGCAUGUUUACAAAACUGCUUAAUAAUAGACAGCUGAGAUGCAAAGCUCACCUCAUGCCUCCUCUUUCUCUCUCUCUCUUUUUCUCUCUCUCAUAUCAAGGUCUUAUAACUCAUGGCAUGGAUAAAGGCAGACUUUUCAUAAACGUCUCUGCAAUGUAGACCAUAGCCCCCACCCUUCAGAGCUAUUAUUAUGGACUUGAGAGAAGGAAACAGAUUGUCCUGUGCGGCUACCACACCAGAUUACAUGGCCACAAGAUACGAGAAAGCCUCAGCCUAGCCUCGGUUGGUGUGUACACCCUACGCAAACCUAGCGCUAGCGACAUGGCCUUCCUUAGCUGCGCCUUUUCAUCUCCCUCUCAGCAAGGUCACCAAGUGGCGAGCUGGUUGCAGCAUUUUAGCAUUUUAGCAUUUUACCACUUCCUCUGUCCGUCAGGCAGUCGGGUACAGCAGAAGGCGUUCUUUUGUGACGAGAUUUGUGCGUACAUGGCAAGACCUGGUCGAUGUCCAGACCGGGUUGUAUUUCGAGCACGGGCCUACGACGAGCAAAAGGUUUCUUUCUGUGCAGGAAAAGAAGGUUCGAUGGCUGCUCUUCACGGCUGAUGAACGAAUGGUCCGCAUCCUGUACCAGGCUGCGCUCCCGGUGUCGUGACGGGACCGAGUACUCGGAGCGAUGGGGCCUGAGAAUCUUUGAACCUGCGAGCGAGGCUUACGGAGUGCUCGUUUGCGCAGAGUGAGGGAAAGAUCGCAGAGAGAAUGUUGGCACUGGCUCGCUUUGGGGCCUGGGCUGUCGCCUCCCCGGGCGUCGUGGUUGCCAAGAAAAUGUCCAAGUCGACGUCGAAGUCGAGCGGCAAAGCUUCCGGAGCUGCUGCUGCUGCUGCUGCUGCCUCGGUUGCCAAGAGUUCCAUUCCUGCUUCCAUCAGAUCGCGGCCAGAUGCCUCUGUGUCCAUCUCUGUACACGCGAAGCCCGGUUCCAAGUCAUCCGGAAUCACCGAUGUAGGAGAAGAGAGAGUAGGAGUGCAGAUCGAUGCCCCCGCGAGGGAUGGCGAAGCAAAUGAGGCUCUUCUCGGGUUCAUGGCCGAGGUACUCGGUGUAAGGAAGCGAGAAGUCUCUUUAAGCGCAGGAGCUCGGUCUAGGGAAAAAGUGGUCAUAGUUCAAGGCAUGUCUGCAGAGGACGUGUACAGCGUUCUGAAAGCUGCUGCCAACAAGUAGAUUCUCAAAAGUAGAUUUACAACUUGUUGAGCGGCACAUGGAGCCCACAACGAUGUGAUGGAACGAAUCCUCGCCCAAUUAGAUUGCUGUUUAGGUGUUUUUCUGCAUAGAUGGGAAUAGGUGCGGUCAGUCGUUGAGUCCGAAGCUGUUUGUCGUAAUCUGCUGCGAGACGAGCGGUUUCUGUACAUGCCUCAGAAAGAAGAGCAUGGACGGUCAGAGGAAGAACGGUGAAUACCUUAAUUAAUGUUCGGGCACAUGAGCUACGUUGAGCUAAUAUCUAGAUACGAGACGCUUGUCUCGACAAGUCGAAUCUACGGGGAACAGAAUCGAAGCUGGUCCGACUAUAAACAACGAACGAGGUUGGUUAGCAUUACUGUGGGUCCAUGUGUUUCACCCCGUCAUGAUUAUGUCUGAGAGGAAGUGAGUGAAAGAUGACAUAUGACAGAUGUUUCUCAAGUGAAGUCCGUGCUUCUGUGAACGUGAACUGACCUUAUAUUGCCCUCACACUUCACGAACUUGAAACGCUUUUUUGCUUCAGUAUACUGUAUUUGUCCGUUUCAGCUUAGUUUUGUCGAUUGAAAGGACGGAUGUACUCGUUUCUAGUCAGUGAAAGCUACGCCCGAAAUGAGGAAGAGAUGGAACAUGGGCGUCUGAUAACACAGCGCGCCAUUUCGAUUUGGUAUAAAUUCCGAGACCAGACAACAUCCCCAGCUCUAACCACCUUAUGAAUGGUCGUAAGAUUUCACAUCGACACAGAUCUUCAGUCGUGGAACUCGGGGACUUUUUAGCUGUUUUGACUAGCAAUUAUCUUCAUGACGAAGAAGCAGUCUAUCUGAAAUCUAAGCUUCAACGGAGCUCUUCGCAGCAGACAAUGUUUUUCACCGCUACAUUCCAGAGAAGAGGAUGUGGCGAUUGGAAGAAUCAAUGAUCUUUACUGGAAGGACUUAGAAAAGUUGGAGACUCGUUGAUGUCCGACUCGCACUAAAGUAAACCGGAAUGUGAACAAGCUUCAGGUUUAUGACAGUCCCGCAGCCGAAUGCCCCAUGUACAUUGGGAGCAACAAAAGUAGGCAAAGAGAGUGUGAGCUUACAUAUCAAUCGGGAAUUGCACCUCGUGUCGUGACGUAACUACUGUUACUCAACAUCGAGAUCUCUGCCUUAUCUUCCCUAGAGUUAGAAGAACCUUAAGAAUAUUAAGAAAGCCCCUAACAGGCUUUUCUGCAUUGUGGUGACUUGGCUUGCAACAAAUUUCUGCAGUGGCAGAGUUCACGAUCAGCUGUAACAGUCGCUGGGUGAAUCACCUUAAUACAUUUAGCAUAUGUCCGUUUCUUUGUUUCGGAGGAUCUUAUGAUGUUUUAGUCACAUCAUGAAACUUAACUAAAGGUCUUCAAAUUCCUCUCAACGGAAAGAGUCGAAUUUCGAAGUCUUUGACAUUUGUGAGUGCCCGGGUUUACGAGAAUCUGAACUGGUGUUUCACGUUAUCGUGAAACACCAAUUUGUAGUCGUUAUGUUAAGAUUUUGUUGCAAUGAGCUGGAGGCAUUGCACAUC